CCUAUGUUGUAAUAACCGUAUAUAUUUAUUUUACAUUUUUUUUCACUUUCAUUUCUGUCGAGAGUCCGCGAGCUCGAACCUAAACCCGAACCAGUCUGGCGCUGCAGGCUCGUCGUCGUACCUCUUUCAUUUUCGUCUGCAUUUAGCUCAUUAUUUUUCACAAAAAUAUUAUAUUCACUGUUGUUUUCUCAAUAUAUUGUUUUAAUUCAUACGAGUGUUUAACUUCAAAUAUUAUGCUUGUGACAAAACGUUUUUUCACCGCAAUUAUUGUGAAUGGUGACGAAUUCCAGUGGUUCACCUGAUGCGAACGUCAUCCAUUUUUAUCACAGUAUUUUGGGCAGGAGUGCAGCGAAAAAUCGUCAGGAGAACUUCGAUUUGACUACUGUGACUGCACAAACGAAACUCAGAUAACACGAAUGAAACAUGGCGUCGGUUCUGGUGAACAUGGCCAUCGACAGAUAUAUAAACCUUGUGGACUCCAUAAGCGACCCCCGAGUGAACGACUGGCCAUUGAUGGACAGCCCGUUCCCAACACUUAUCAUGGUCAUCACAUACUUAUAUAUCGUCACAUACCUGGGGCCUAAAGUAAUGGCCAACCGAAAACCCUUCAAACUGAACAAUAUACUAGUGUGGUACAAUGCUGGCCAAGUCAUCUUCAGUCUCGUCAUGCUGUGGGAGCACUUGAUGAGUGGAUGGUUGUUGGACUACAGCUACAAAUGUCAACCGGUCGACUAUUCGCACAACCCUACUGCACUGAGGAUGGCUAACUUGUGUUGGUGGUACUACAUAUCCAAAUUGACGGAGUUCGUCGACACGGCAUUUUUCGUAUUGAGGAAAAAGGACAACCAGAUCAGCUUACUCCAUCUGUACCACCAUUCGCUCACACCCAUCGAGACGUGGAUUUGCGUUAAAUUCAUUGCCGGCGGCCACGGAACAUUUUCGAACUUGGUGAAUAAUAUGGUCCACGUGAUCAUGUACUUUUACUACAUGAUGUCCGCGAUGGGACCUCAAUAUCAAAAGUACCUCUGGUGGAAGAAGCAUUUGACCACCAUCCAAUUGCUCCAGUUCACGCUAGUGUUUUUCCAUUCAGCCCAAGUGCUGUUCUUCGACUGCGGAUAUCCAAAACUAGUGGCCGCCCUACUUUUGGUCCACUCGACCAUUUUCUUCGUUCUAUUUUUCGACUUCUAUCAACAAGCGUACAAAAAGAACAAGCUGCUCCAAGCCAAAUCGCAGUAAACGUGCAGCCGCAUCGGAGCAUUACAAUGAAACGACUAAAAUCCAAUAAUGGCAAUACAAAAUAUCAUCAAAUUAUUACAAAAGUAAUUUUUAAGAAAAUAAUCGUCUUGUAUCAACUGCACUGCAAGGCUGCAGCUGUAACUGAUGGAUCAUUUUAAUUAUUAUGCGCUGUGUCCAACUGCAGCUAAUAUUUUGUAUUAUAUAUAUUUUUGUACUUGUAAAAUAUUAUUUGACCUAUUUAAGUUGUUCCCAAAAAGUAAGAUAUAAGUAAACAAUGUACACUUUGGUUCGUCGAUCGAUUGCGGCAAUCAAACGUGUGCAUUGAUAAUAUGUUAAGUUAAAUAUAAUUAUAAUAAUCAAAAACUAGUGAUAAUUUUUUUCAACUAUAAAUUGAUGUACGCUCAUUAAACUAUAAAUUAAGAGUUAUAAUACUACUAUAAUAAUUAUAUUAUACUAUAUAUUAUAUAGAUAAUAUCAUGCAAUUAUAAAUUUACUAUAUUAUAUAAUAAUGCGAGCCAAUAGACGUUAUAAUAUUAUAGCUUGACAUUUACAAAUGAUUAAAUGAGACUUCAUGUUUAUAUUCAAUGACAAUAUUAUUUUUAACAAAUAAAUGAUACGUCUAAAACAGGUACCUAUAUUACUAGAUGUCCAUAAUAUCGUUUCUGUAAUGAAGAAUAAUCAUAAUAUUUUAUUUCGAAUUAAUGUUUCUGAAAAAUCAUUCAAUUUCAGAGAGAAAAAUUUGUUUAAUAUAGCUGCUAUAUUAUAAUGACAUGUAAUCAAAACCAUUUAAGACUGUAUACUGCACGUUUCUAAAAUCUCAAAAUGUUUAUAUCAACGUCUAUCGUCUACUUAGAUCAUGGAAAUAUGACUGUUAUUUCAACGAAUGUAUGCAAAACAUAAUACUUCUAUGUACAUGGAACGCUCGAUAUACUAAGGCGUAUAUUAAUAAACAUAAUAUAAUAUAAGCAAAUCGAAGUAUCGUACUAUAUUAUGACGUUACCAAAGAUGAUGUUGAAUAAAUGUAUAGUAUUUUUAGAAAAUGUAAAACGGUAAAUUAUUAAAAAAAAAUUGUAAUACUCAUUCAA